ACCACACACACUCCAGCGGGUCUGUGCGUGUUUUGAAAUCCCACCUUUUUAUUCUCCAAAAAAACAACCCUCCUACAAUAUCAAAUCUGCAUUUCUGUCGAAAUCAACGUCCACGCUUACAAAAGGUUCCCAUUGUAUUCCCUUUUCCUCCCUUUUUCUCUUUACCUAACUCCAUUUCUGCUCAAUUUUCGCUCUUUAUUGAUUCCUAAAUUGGCGUUGCAACUCUAAGAUGGCCGCAACAUCAGCAACCGGUUUUUCUGUUGGAUCAACUGCAUCUGCCGGGCCCAGAGUUGGUUCCACGCAGUUGAAGGCUUCCAGCGUGAAGUUGAACCCAAAGAAUUACCUUACGAGCUUCAGUGGCCUCAAGGCAGGAAACUCCGUGAGCUGUGAGUCACAAUCGUCGUUCUUGGGUGAUGAAAGCACUCUAGUUCUUAAGCAGGGAUAUAAUUCAAAGGCCUGGAGAUGCAGCAACAGAUCUUACAGUCGUGUUCAGCCUCAGGCAUCAUAUAAAGUGGCUAUUCUUGGAGCUUCUGGCGGUAUAGGCCAGCCACUAGCCCUUUUGGUCAAGAUGUCGCCACUGGUUUCCGAGUUGAACCUUUACGAUAUAGCAAACGUGAAGGGAGUUGCUGCCGAUCUCAGCCACUGCAACACCCCGUCCAAGGUGUCGGAUUUCACAGGAGAGUCUGAGUUGGCUGCUUGUUUGAGAGACGUGGAUGUUGUGGUCAUCCCAGCUGGUGUUCCGAGGAAGCCAGGCAUGACUCGUGAUGACCUCUUCAACAUCAACGCCAACAUCGUGAAGACCUUGGUCGGGGCCGUCGCUGACAACUGCCCCAAUGCCUUCAUUCACAUCAUCAGCAACCCAGUCAACUCCACAGUUCCGAUCGCUGCUGAGGUUUUGAAACAGAAAGGAGUUUACGAUCCGAAGAAGCUCUUCGGCGUAACCACUCUCGACGUCGUCAGAGCAAACACAUUCCUCGCCCAGAAGAAGAACCUGAAGCUCAUUGACGUCGACGUCCCAGUCAUCGGUGGACACGCGGGGAUCACCAUUUUGCCGUUACUGUCGAAGGCGAAGCCGUCAGUCACUUUUACUGACGAGGAAGUGCAAGAACUGACCGUGAGGAUUCAGAACGCCGGGACUGAGGUAGUCGAGGCAAAAGCAGGAGCCGGGUCCGCCACCCUUUCCAUGGCAUACGCUGCUGCGCGAUUCGUCGAGUCUUCGCUCCGAGCGCUCGACGGGGACACGGAUGUCUACGAGUGCUCGUUCAUCCAGUCGGAGCUGACCGAGCUUCCGUUCUUCGCAUCAAGGGUCAAGCUCGGGAAGGACGGGGUGGAGGUGGUGAUCUUGUCCGAGCUUCAAGGGCUGACCGAGUACGAACAGAAGGCGUUGCAGGAGCUCAAGACAGAGCUGAAGGCGAGCAUCGAGAAAGGUGUGGCGUUUGUUCAGAAGCAGGCGGUCGCUGCAUGAAUGCAAGUCUUGGUAGAGCUCAAGCGGCAGUAUCUAUUUUGAGGGUAAGAAUAAUGAAAGUAGUGCGGCGAUUGGGGCAUCGGAUUUCAGUUUUGUAGGCAUAUUUCUUAAAAAACCCAUCGUCACUUUCUUUACAUAGAAAUUUGGUUAUGUAGUGUUUUCACAAGUUGAGGGAUUCUGUGUUUUAUCCAUAUUUGGUAAUAACAUUUCAGAGACAGUGUUGCUACGCUGUUCGAACUGCUGCA